AUGGGGGUUGACUCGUCAUAUCGCAUCAGCGGCGCAGCAUCCGCCGCUGUCGCCGCCGUGAACAUGGGAGUGAGCGACGAGCGUCUGGUCGGGCCUUCGCUGUUUAAGACGUUUUCGCAAGGCGCGUGCAACACGGGUCCGCCGAGUCACGCGGCGAUGGAGGCGGUGCUGCGGGAGCGAUGCCUCGGCGCGCGCGGUCGCAGCGUCAGCGCCAAGGACGACGUCAUCUACUCGCGCUCCGUCGGGUCGGCUGACAGCGCAGGAGGACCGCUCUGGAAAGGAGGGGGUUGUGAAUAUAACGGGAGUGUCUGUAACGGACAGUGCGAAGGUGCAAUUGCCGGUAGCGGAUGUGAUUGUGAGGGGGCUAGGGGAGUAGGGGGUGCCGAUGAAGGGCAGACGGAUGGUGUUGGGGAGAGAGGGAGCAAUGAUGGUUCUCGUUACGGUGGAGCUCGCGAAUAUGGCGCCUUCCAUCCUCGCUGCACCGUCGCGCGUCCCACCCUCGGUUUCAAGUCAUGGCUCGCCGAACAAAUCCGAUUCAGCCAAUCGCUGUCGUCCACCAUGUCCCUGCCACGGCCUCCCAGAGCCCCAGCAGCAGAUGUUCCAGUGUCGUCUUCAGCUUUCUCUCCCGCGGCCUCCCCGUCCGCCUCCCCAUUCUCCUCCCUCUCCUCCCUCUCCUCCCUUCCCUCUUUACUCUCCCCUGCAUGCCCCAGUCCGUCCCCCUCCGCGUCCUCCUCCGCGUUUCCCGCUCAGUCCAGUGCGCCCGACGACUCGCCAUUCGCCACCGCUCCUACGACCAUCGUCGGUUUCUCUGCUCCUAGCAGCACCGCCGCUCACCCGGCCGCUUCGCUUCUGCCGUCCCUCAUCGCCCCCGCGUCACCCGCUCAUUCCACCGCGUCGUCGUCCACCCCCUCCACCCCCACGCUCACCCCGCGCUCGCCCUACUUCUCCAUCUCGUCCUCCCAUCGCCGCUCCCAGAACUGCUCCUCCCCUCAGUCCGGCUCCCCUGUCCCUCCGCCUUCCCCGCUGCUGCUCGGGCGGUUCAACCUCAGGUCGCCGCUUAAGGCGCCGCUGACGGCGCCACUGCGGGCGAUCAGUCGCAUGGCGGCGCGGCGGUGCCGGCGCGGCAUGGCGGUGAGCACGAGCGUGGCGCCCGUGCGCGACGGCGUGGUGCAGUUCGAGCAGACGCUCGAGCUCUCGUGCACGCUCUACUGCACCCCCGGCCCGCACCACUCGCUGCGCUUCCAGGAAAAGCCCUCCACGCUCGUCGUGCGCCUCAUGAACCGCUCCGGAGGCUCUCGCGUCAGAGGCGCGCAGGGCGCAGGCGCAGGCGGAGUGGGGGCGGGGAGCGGGGAAGGGGAGGAUGCAAGAGUAAGGGCAUGCGCAGCAGCGGCGGAAGGUUCCGGGUUGAGUGCGGGAGUGGGGAGGGGGGGGAGCGGGUGCAGCGAGGUGGAGGUGGGGCGGCACGCGGUAGACCUGGCGCGGCUGGUGCCGUGGUCGCUCCAAGACACGGACCUUCGCCCGCACACGCUCGCCUUCCCCCUCUCCGCCGCCGCCUCCGGCGCAACGCUGCUCGCCACCUUCGGAUACGAGCUGCAGAUCAGCCGGAGAACGAGCGGCAUAGGCGCAGCUGGGGGCGCGUGGGGGGCGGGGGGCGGGGGUGGGGCGGAAUCGAGAGUGGCGCGCGCGGAUUCGAGGGCCUUCAGUGCGGCGGCGGCAGAGGCGGAGCUGGAAGCGGUGGCGCUGCCGUGCAGCAGCGCGCACAACAGCCCCGCGUCCAGCCCGCCCCGAGGGGCUCCGCUCGCGCACUGGGCUGCUGCCCCGCUCCCUGCUGCCCUUGGCGCUUUGGGGGGGGAAGGGGGGAAGGAGUUUGGGGCGUGGGGCGAGGGCGAGGGGCAGAGGAGGCCCGCAGACGAGUGCGCGGGGCAGGUGAGUGCCAACAAGUUGCAGGACGGUGCUCGGGAGGACGGGGGGGGAAAGGAAGCAAAGGGAGUGGGCGAGGGCGAGGAGGGAGAGGAGGGGAGAAUGAGACCGGAGGUAGUGACAGAGGGUGAGCAGGGGGAGGGGGGCAGUGGGGCUAUGGGUAGUGAGGAGGAGCUGUUGCAUGGCGAGAGUCCUUGUGAAGGCAGGGCACAUGGGCGAGCUGUGGUAGAUGUGGGAUGUGCAGGUGAAGCAGAGAGGGUGUGCGUGGGUGAGGGGGCCGAAACGAGUGUUGAAGAAGCUCCUGUUUCUGGAGAAGGGGGAAGCGAGGGCUGUGGUGUGGUGGUGAAUGCAGCGACUGUGAAUGCGGCAACAGCAGAUGCAGCGUUGGACAAGCACAAGCUUGCCCCUGCCUUUGUGCCAGAAGCAGUGGCGAGCGAGGUGUGGGGAGGUGUGGAGGAGGUGUGUGGAGGGGCGGGCACGGAGGAUUUAGAGGGCGUGGAGGAUGCGUUUAUUGCCAUGCUGGAGGAGCAGAGCAAGGAGACCCGGCGAGGGAGAGGCGGCAGCAGGGACCGCAGGAAGGGAGGGCGGGGUGUGCGUGGUGGCAGAGGGAGGGGGCGAGGGAGUGGCGGUGGUGAGGGUGGUGAGGAGGGGGUGGGGGCAUGGCUGGAUGGCAUUCCGGAGGUGGAUGGGGAGGGGGAGGAGAGGGAGGAGCAGGAAGAUAAGGAGGAUGGGACAUGCGGAAGAGAAAGCGUGGGAUUGAAGUGA